UGUGAAAAGUUCAACCCUCAUCUACAAACGCCCGAGUCUGUCAAAUAGCAUCGACUGCUAGUUCAUAAGCUUCCGUGCCGUCUUCGGUCAGGAACUCUCUGAAUGGGGGGUUUCGAGCUUCAAGCCUUCACGAUGGCAAGCUUUGGGCGAGCAAGCUUUGGCUACCGGAGCUUAAACUUGACCAGGGUAUAAAUUAGGAUCUGAAAUCUUGCGCUACCGGUGGUUAAUUACGUCUAGUCAUCCUAACACGAGCCCAAGCCAUAGCCCUUCAGCCUGCUGCCCACCAACGUGGCGGUUCAACUGGUCCAAGUGUCUUCUCCUCCACAGGCACGCUUGUUGAUUCCUCCCGAAAUGGCUGAACUGGUCCCAAAAAGGGAGCCGAAUGCACCAGGCGAGAUUCUUACCGCCGGCUGACUGGGCUGAGCAACGAGAGAACUGCCAGUACUUCAGCGCGAGUCUCCACGUGAAGCACAUAUCUGGCCAUGAUCACCACCAUUCCAAGUGGCCGGUUACCACUAUUAUAACAGACCUCCCCGUCAUCGUUCGAUCGACACCCUUUCGUAUGCACCCGUGGAUCUCACUUUCUUUGUACAAUCAGAAACCACGGUCAUUCGUUCCGGGCUAAGUCUGCAGACCCCAGCAUCCUUCAUCAAUAUACAUUACUUACCUGGACCCUACUUCACAUUCAGUAUGUGGUCCUCACCCAGUCAACCCCAGCCGGAAGAGGCAUCUCCAGUCAAGAGAUUUGCCUGUGAUCGUUGCCACGAUCAGAAACUUCGAUGUACUCGACCGCAAGAUGGAGAGCCUUGUGUUAGAUGUCAACGAGCUGGAGUAUUCUGCAAUGUUAGUGCAGCACAACGGACAGGUCGACCCAGGAAAUCAUCAAAUAAUCGACCUCAACCUGAGAGGAAGAACACAUCAACUGCCACCAGUUCAGUAACGGAAAGCAGUUCUGAAGAUGGGGAGAAGAGGUCAGGAAUAAUACGAACAAACAGUUCUGAGUCAGUGGGUGCGGCGAGCUCGAAAUCGAUACCAUUACCAGAGGCCACCAUUCCAAGGAAUGGAGAGAGCUGGGAUAAUUUUACAACAAAUUCAUCUUUGUCCAUCUCUCCAUCGUCUCUCUCACUUCAGCCAUACACUCAACCAAUGUCAAAUGAUGAAUAUGCAGAUUUGUUGGAUUGCAUCACAGAUCAGGCAUAUUUUGACAGUAUGGAUCUUUCUGAUUUCUCUGAUUCAAAAUAUAUGCCCACACUUCAAAUGUCUGAGCCCAAUCCAAAGAAGAGGAAGUCAAAUCCCAACCAUGGCAUUGGCAUCUACACGAAUCAUGUCUCGAUGUCCCCGCCGAUCCUAGAUGGCCAAUUAUCUGCCCGCAUCUCAUCAUUCCCUGAUAUGGAUAUGCCUACAAUUACACCAGCAAUCACAACUGCUUCAUCAUCAGAGAAUAGCACACCAGAUCUGAAUCAGGUGUUGAGCCUCCAGAAUGAUGCCACCCACUCUCAAACUCUUUCAAAGCUACAGUCAGAGAUCGACGCCUGCUCUGAACGCAUCAUGCAUCAAGCUCGACGCAUGAGUACAGCAUCAAACUCAUACACAUUAGAAAGCCAAAAGUUAUCCGAAGCACUGGGUGUCCUUCUUUCCACCGCCGAGCGAUUCAUCGAACUAAUCUCUUGUAUCUGCCGCUCUUUCGACAGCAUCGUCCCCAGUCGGUCUCCAUCGCCAUCGCCCUGGUACCAACAGCCCAGUGGCAUGGAACAGAACGGAUACUUCAACAGCAAGCUUUUCUCCACAAACUCCCACAACCGGAACAACUCAUCCACAAGCCUCGACCCAAGCAUGCUCGGUACAAACGAAAACCGAGUCCUCACCACCUCAACCUUCUACACCAUGCUCAAAUGCCACGUCCGCCUCCUCUCCGCCUACGACACAACCCUCGACACCAUGUCCUCCCGCCUGCUAGAGCUCGAACACCUAGACGUCACAGCCAACACUCUCACAUCCGCCCUCGCCAUUGGCUCCUUCGUCGUCCCCUUCGGCGCCAUCAUCGAGACCCUUCUACACCUACAAGUCAUCUCGCACCAGCUCGACCGUCUAAAGACAGCGCUACACGGCAACCUACUCAAGCUCCAGCCGCCUCGUCAACAGCAGGGGUCGCGAUCUCUUCCUGCGAGACUGGGGCUGUGCAGACAGGGUCGGAGCCCGAGUGUUAGUAUGGUUGAUUUCAAGCUUGAGGAGAUACAGGAGCGGGAGAGGGCGCUGCAGACGAAAUUGCUGCGAAUUGAGAAUCUGGCGGAGAGUUCGAAGCAGGGACAGCAGGGGAGGAUGAAUGGUGAGGGGUUCAUGAACUGGGUAUGAAUUUGAGGACCAAACUUUGGGAUAUGGGAUGUGAAUGUUAUGAUGGAAUGAGGUUGGGAAUUUGGAGUUCUGGAAUGGGAACGAGAAAAUGCAAUGCGUGCCCUGUCUGCCAUGUUCCGCUUAUUUGCGAUGUUUAAUGUUAUGUUUAGUUACCUAUUUGGGUAGGGGAUGGUGGGUGUUCUGAACAUACCCCACUUGCGUGCAAGUAUAUACGCAGCAGACUUAGUUGCGAUCAGAUAUCAAUUAGAUCUCAUAUCCAUCCAUCACACUACUUUUGGGACACUUCAUGAACUCUUCAUGUUCAAAAUACGUACUUUUUUACAUACACCCAAGACGAUCAUUCAUCAGCUGGGUACUAGUUUCACCAAUGAUCUCGCAAGAAGUCAAUCUCACCACGUACCGCCGUCAACAUCAAAUUUGCGAACUCAAUCGCAACACUUCCCUCGAUUUGGAAAGCCGUAUUAGACCUCACCAGGGUCCAAACCGUCGGAAGAUACUUCCAACCCAACUUCCUCUUGUCAUUGGCUCCAUACUACAAACAACUAACAGACAAAUCAUCUCGCCUCAAACCUACAGUCCUCGUCACAUCAAUUCGUAAGUACCUAAUUCCCAACCGACCCGCCCUCCCUCAAAUGCACUUUUACAUACAUACUCCCCGAAAACAUAUCGAAUAUCGAAUUUGACAUCCAGACAUCCAAACAUCCAAGGCCGGCCUGCAUCCGGCAAGCACGUCGUCUCGUCUCGUCUAAGCACCACUCAAAUCCACUCACCCACCCGACCUGCACCCAGCCUAAGAGAUUCAAUUCCAUCCCGAUUCCUUUUCCUUAGCGAUGCUUCUAUUUCCAGCCAAGUAGGCGCGGCUUCUUGGCCUAGAUGACCAUCCUGGCCCUGGCUGCGGUGGGUGGGCCUCACCUGCAGUCCGGUGGAGUAGAGUGUACGGCCGUGGUGGGGUCUCCACUAUCUUACAGCGAGCUGCGAGCUACGAGCUGCGAGCCACUGACUGCGCAAAUGAUUAGGUACCUAAGGGAGGUAGAUGUAAGGUAGGUAAGUAAUACAGUACAGUGCUCGAUUGGGAGGAGAAUAUUGCAGAAAUAAAAAGGGAAAACCCACCCUGAUUGAUUGAUUUGAUUUGAUUUGAUUUGAUUUGAUUCCUUGAAAACGUAGGCCGGGUGGGUAAAUACCGGUACGUAGGUAUUGAUAGGAAGAACAAGCGCCGUUCAUUCCACUCCGCCCGCCUUGGUGGAGUGGUGCAGGAUUGGAUAGGCUGGGGUGGAAUGGGAUGGGUCCGAACUGUGUGUGUGUGUGACUGUGUGUGUGAUCUGGAUCUGGAUCUGGAUCUUACUACAGGAGGGCUGCGGAAUGGGGCAUGCACGUUGACGGCGAUGUUUUCUCAUAUCAUACUGUAUUUUUUACCCCCCUGUAUAUUCUGCGGCUAGAGGGGUGGUAGGGUAUUGGGGUAGGAGUAGGGGACUUUUGGAGAUAGAUGGAGGGUUGAGGCUUGGAAGCUGUGGG